AUGUGUUACUAUGGGGGAUACUAUGGAGGCCUGGGCUAUGGCUAUGGUGGCCUAGGCUGUGGCUAUGGCUGUGGCUGUGGCUGUGGCUAUGGCUAUGGCUAUGGUGGUUAUGGAUAUGGCUGUUGCCGCCCACUGUGCUGUGGAAGAUACUGGUCCUAUGGCUUCUAUUGA